AUGGCGUGGGUCGAUGGCAGCGCAUCGACGUCGGCCCUGCCGUGGUCCCGUGAGAGCGAGGAUGUGCUGCACCAUACGGUGACGUGUGACUCGGCGGUUCUAGCUCUGGCGGUGGAUGAUGUGCGUGGACGCAUGCUCGUCGGCACGCAGCAGGGCGAUAUCCGUGUGUGGCAUUUGCCUACGUUCGAGGUGCAGGCGGACCUCGUGGGACACCGCAGCAGCGUCUUGUCGCUCGUGCUCUCGGACGACUAUGUGUUCAGUGCGUCCUCUGACAGCACUGUGCGCGUCUGGGAUGCGGAGACCCUGCAGCCGUGCGCGUGUGUGUUUCCUGCGAGCACGAACACCGGUGAUAUCUAUUCGCUCGCCUGGGACGCCAAGGCGCAGGUCCUGUACAUGGGGUGCCAGGACACGUCGAUCGAAUGGAUCUCGAUCACGCGGGCACGUCUGCACGAGGCUGCUUCUGAGCCUCUAUGGCCCACUGCCACGUCGUACGACAAGUUUUUCGACUCGCGCCCGCGCUCGCUGUGGCAUCGGACCACGGAGCGGGAGAUGUCCGCGCGCUCCGCGACGGCCUCGGACCUGUUGCGGCGCACGCAUGUCCGCUGGUCGGACGGACGAACCUGUGCCGACAGCCCCAUGGCGGUGUUGCGUGUCGAUCCUGCGCACGUCGUGCAUUCGGCCCACCACAGCUACGUGUAUUGCAUGACGUGGGCGGAAGUGCAUGGCGAGACGAUGCUCGCGAGUGGGGCGGGUGACGAGGCCGUGCGGCUAUGGCGCCUGUGUGGUGCUUUCCCGACCCUGUUCCGCACGCUGGUCCUGCCGCACCCGGCGGGCGAUGCCGUUCUUUCUUUGGCGGCGUGGAAAGGCACGCUGCUCGCCGGCAAGCAGGGAGGGACGAUCGAUGUGUGGGACAUGGAAAGCUUCACACCCGUCCGCGUUCUGCCAGCGCACACCAAAGACGUGCUGUGCCUCCAGCCGCUGGCCGAAGGCGAUGCGUACGUGUUUUGGUCCGGCGGCGCGGACGGUGCCGUGUGCCGCUUCGACCGCUACUUCCGAUGCUGCGGCCGCUUUUCGGCGCAUACCAAGGACGUGCAGUGCCUCGCACUGCAUGCGGCGCCGCCGACGCGGGCGUACUCGUGGCUCGCUCAUGCGCCGCUGCUCCUGACGGGCGCCUCGGACGGCCACGUACGCCUGUGGCACUACGCCCGCUUCGGCACCGCGCCGCCGAUGCCGAGGCCGUAUGCGUCGUCUCUCUUGCAGCGGCUCGCGCAGUUUGUGCGCUACAAAUCCGUAUCGCACGGCCCGACGAUGCACGCCGACGACGAAAACGGGGAAGACUCGCGUCAGGCAGCGCACUUUCUGCGCACGACCCUGAUGGAGCUGGGCGCGAGUGAUGUGCAGCUGCUGCCGACGGGGCGGCGCACGAACCCCAUGGUGCUCGGCACGUUCCGCGCCGAGCGCCCGCGCCGCCGGUGCCUGUUUUACGGCCACUACGACUGUGUGCCGGCCGGCGACGGCUGGGACUCGGAUCCAUGGACUUUGCAUGGCCGCGACGGCUACGUAUACGGCCGCGGCGUGAGCGACAAUAAGGGGCCCGUGCUGGCCGUCGCGCACGCGGCGAGCGAGCUCUUGCACACGCACCAACUCGACAUGGACGUCGUCAUGCUGGUCGAGGGCGAGCAGGAGGCCGGCUCGUCGCCCUUCCAGGCGUGCCUGCAACAAAACAAGCACCUCCUAGGUCCGAUCGAUACGGUGCUGGUGUGCAAUUCGUACUGGCUCGGCGAGCAUCAGCCGUGCCUCACGAUCGGGCUGCGGGGCGUGCUGCGUGCGCUCGUGCGCAUCAGUGGGCUGGGCGGCGCCGAUCAGCACUCUGGUGUCGAUGGCGGCGCGGAGCGGGAGCCGAUGAUGGACAUGAUCAAACUGCUCGCCUCGCUCGUGGAUGCGGACGGACGUGUCGCGCUGCCGCACUUCUACGACGACGUGCGCGCCGUGACAGACGACGAGCGCGCGCAUCUCGUCGAGCUGGCGCAGGAGGCAUCGCGUUCCACGAGCGUCGAGCGCCUGAUGGCCCUGUGGUGCAUGCCAUCGCUGACCGUGCACCAGGUCACCAACAGCAGCACGGCGCACUCGACCGUCAUCCCACGGGCUGUCGAGGCGUCCGUGAGCAUGCGGAUCGUGCCGGACCAGGACGUGCAUGCCAUCGAGGCGCAGCUCGUGCGCACGAUCCACGAGCACUUUCAGCGCAUGCGCUCGUCCAACACGGUCGACGUACGCGUCUUCCACUGCGCCGACUGGUGGCUCGGGUCCCUGCAGGACGCGGCAUGGGGCGCGCUCGUCGAAGCCGUCGAGGCCGAGUGGGGCGCGCCCGUGCGCUUGAUCCGCGAGGGCGGCUCGAUUCCCGGCAUCGCCAUCCUCGAAAAGGAGCUGGGCGCCAAGGCCGUGCACCUUCCCAUGGGCCAGGCGUCGGACCAUGCGCAUCUCCCGAACGAGCGCAUCCGCCUCGUGAAUCUAGAGAAAGGACAAGCGGUCGUACGCCGCUUUUUUCAAAAGAUGGGGCGCUAG